AUGGAGAAACCAUCUGUUUUAGAACCAACAUUCAAUUCAGAUUCAGAAAAGGAGAAUACAACAAUUGAAGAAUCUCCGUUUCUAGAAACGAAAGCAUUCAAACGCCGUAGCGACGGCGAGAUCGACCUAAUCAAAAAAAACCGUGAUGAAAAUCUUUUAGUUAACAAUUCUCCGCACCUUAUAUGCCGAAAAUGCUUCGAGCUCGGACACCAGACCGAAUACUGCAAAAGCAAAAGCAAAAGCUCAGAAGCUAAUUCUACUCAGAAUGAAAAGGGAAACGUCCUUCCGGAAAAUCCCCAAGAGCGAUCGAAUUUUCUAUCGACAUUAUGCUUUUGGUAUACCGUACCUAUAUUUCGAAAGGGCUACAAAAAAACAUUGGACUCAAGCGACCUUUAUAGACCCUUGGAGGAGCAGAAGUCGGAUACACUUGGCAACCAAUUGUGUGCCGCUUGGGACCGGGAACUAAAAAAUGACGCGAGAGCCCCAAAACUGCUCAGAGCCCUGCUGCGGGUUUUUGGCUGGCAAUUUGGAGUCCGUGGCCUGGCAAUCUUUGUGGUGGAGCUGGGAUUACGUACUUUGCAGCCGACCUUCUUGGGGAAGCUCAUUUCGUACUUUUCGGGCGACUCAGAAGCUGUCGGUGCUGGCGUCUAUUAUGCAGUCGCUCUAAUCGUCAUUGGUGCCCUGGACGUGCUGAUUUUAACUCCAACCGUGUUCAGCAUACAUCAUGUGUGCUUUAAGAUUCGGGUGGCCCUGGGCAGCCUGAUCUUCCGGAAGGCCCUGCGACUGACCAAGGGCGCACUGGGCGACAGUACAUCCGGCCAUGUGGUUAACCUGAUUUCCAACGACGUCUCCCGCCUGGACAGUUCACCCUACAAUGUUCACUAUCUGUGGGUGGGCCCACUUCAAGUUCUGCUCAUCACAUACCUUAUGUAUCAGGAGAUUGGAAUCGCCGCCGUGUUUGGGGUGUUGUUUAUGCUGCUCUUCAUGCCGCUACAGAUGUAUUUGGGUACUAAGACCUCUGCGAUCCAACUAAGGGCUGCUGAACGGACGGACAACCGGAUUCGGAUAGUGAAUGAAAUAAUCUCCGCCAUUCAGGUGCUGAAAAUGUACGCCUGGGAGCAGCCGUUUGAACAGUUGGUGACUCAUGCCCGCGAAAAGGAGAUGAACACUAUUCGCCACGGACAGCACAUAAGGGGAUUCGGUUUCGCCUGCAGAAUCGUCCUCUCUCGGGUGGCAAUCUUCCUCAGUCUGGUUGGCUACGUCAUCUUGGAAAGGGUUUUCACGCCGAAAAUCGCCUUCACGAUCACAGCCUACUACAACGUACUGCUAGCCGCCAUGUGCAUAUACGUACCUACUGCCAUCAUCCAGACGGCCCAAAUCCUGACCUCUAUCAAACGCGUGGAACAGUUUAUGCUGUCCGAAGAGCUGAAUAAUUCGGACAAAAGUGAAAGUCCCUCCAAGGAUACGGUAGGUGAUCCACCCACCAAUAAUAGCGAGACCGAUCUUCUGGAAUCAGCUAUCUCCAUUAGAGAGCUAAAGGCCAAAUGGGAUCCGAAUUCUCCAGACUACACGCUUAGUGGAAUAAACCUGCAGAUAAAACCCGGCAGUGUGGUGGCCAUAAUCGGAUUGACUGGGUCUGGAAAAUCUAGUCUCAUCCAGACCAUUCUCGGCGAGCUGCAAGCAGAGUCCGGCCAGUUGAAAGUCAAUGGCUCCGUGUCGUACGCCUCCCAGGAGUCGUGGCUCUUCUCCGGCACUGUGCGCCAGAAUAUCCUCUUUGGCCAACCUAUGGAUAGCCAACGAUACGCUGAGGUUGUAAAGAAGUGCGCUCUGGAGCGGGACUUCGAUCUGCUUCCCUCUAAGGAUAAUACCAUUGUUGGAGAGCGCGGUGCUUCCCUGUCGGGUGGGCAGAAAGCCAGGAUCAGUUUGGCGAGGAGUGUUUACCGGAAGGCGUCUACAUACCUUCUGGAUGACCCACUGAGUGCAGUAGACGCCAGCGUUGCCCGUCAUCUGUUUGAGCAGUGCGUGCGGGGUCAUCUACGGGGCAGCACCGUAGUUCUGGUUACCCACCAAGAGCAGUUCCUUCAGGAGGUCGAUCAGAUUGUGAUCUUGGCUAAUGGACAGGUCAAAGCUGUGGGCGAUUAUGAGUCGCUACUCAAAACGGGUCUUAUCACUAGUCUGGGAAGUCUAGCAAAGAAAGAUUACCACGAGGAGACGGAACAAUUGUCCGCGGAUGAUUGCUCCAAGAUUAAAACCGAAGUCACCACCAUCAACGGAAACCCUGUGCAGACCGUCGAAGAUACGAAGGAUGCAAAGGAGCACGUGGAGCACCAGGAAUCAGGUGGCAUCCGUCUGGCUUUGUACGGGAAGUAUUUUCAGGCGGGAGGUGGAUUGGUUGCUUUUCUUGUCAUGCUGACCUGCUCUGUGUUGGCCCAGGUGGCUGUCACUGGAGGUGACUGCUUUCUUAAUUACUGGGUCAAGCAGGAGAGCUCUGCUGUUGCCCAAAGCGAAAGGGAGAAUAUGGACUCGAAAAACAUGGACUUACACAUAUACACACUCAUCAUAAUAUUGUCCGUUAUCAUGAAUUUGUCAUAUUCGUUUCUAUUAUUUAAUAUCGCCAAAAGAGCGUCUCUCCGAUUGCACAGCAACAUAUUCAAUAGAGUUAUUCGAGCUUCCAUGCAUUUCUUCUCGAUGAAUAAACAUGGAAGCAUUCUAAAUCGCUUUACCAAGGACAUGAGCCAAGUAGACGAAGCCCUUCCCUUGGUCUUGGUGGAUGUGAUGCAGAUCGCGCUUUGGCUAGCUGGAAUAAUCAUCGUUAUAGCCCAUGCCAAUCCUCUGCUGCUUGUUCCAACUCUUAUUCUGGCCGUAACGUUCUUUCAUCUGCGAUACUUAUAUCUUAAGACCUCGAGGGACUUGAAGCGCGUAGAAGCUAUACAUCGGUCUCCAGUUUACUCGCACUUGGCUGCUUCGCUGAACGGCUUAACAACCAUCCGAGCCCUGAAAGCUCAGCGCGUUCUGGAGAAGGAGUUCGACAAUUACCAGGAUGCGCACAGCUCUGCAUUUUACAUGUACAUAAGUACUUCGAUGGCUUUCGGUUAUUGUAUGAACUGCAUAUGUGUGAUUUACAUAUCGAUCAUUACGCUCAGCUUCUUUGCCUUUCCUCCGGGCAACGGAGCUGAUGUGGGUCUGGUCAUAACACAGGCCUUGGGACUGAUUGACAUGGUUCAGUGGGGAGUACGCCAAUCCGCCGAGCUGGAGAACACCAUGACAGCCGUGGAGCGAGUGGUAGAGUACGAGAGCAUUGAGCCGGAAGGAAUAUUGGAAGCAUCGGAUGACGAGAAGCCACCCAAGACAUGGCCAGAACAGGGAGAAGUCGUUUUCAACGAACUUAGCCUUCGCUACACACCAGAUGCGAAGGCGGAGAACGUGCUCAAGUCACUCAGCUUCGUCAUUCAACCCAGGGAAAAAGUGGGCAUCGUGGGCCGCACUGGGGCGGGUAAAUCCUCGCUCAUUAACGCCCUCUUCCGACUGUCCUUCACCGACGGAUCCGUGCUUAUUGACAAGAGGGACACAAGUCAGAUGGGUCUGCACGAUCUGCGCAGACAGAUCUCGAUUAUACCCCAAGAGCCCGUGCUGUUCUCCGGUACCAUGCGAUACAACUUGGAUCCCUUUGACGAGUACAGCGAUGAAAAGCUGUGGGGCUCCUUGGAGGAGGUGAAACUAAAGGAUCUGGUGACGGGUCUCCCUGAGGGCUUGGGGAGCAAAAUCAGCGAGGGCGGAACUAAUUUCAGUGUGGGUCAGCGCCAGUUGGUCUGCUUGGCCAGGGCCAUUCUGCGCGAGAAUCGCAUUCUUGUGAUGGACGAGGCCACUGCCAAUGUGGAUUCGCACACAGAUGGCCUCAUCCAAGCCACUAUUCGCAACAAGUUUAAGGAUUGCACUGUUCUGACGAUUGCCCAUCGAUUGCACACAAUCAUUGAUUCCGAUAAGGUGAUGGUGAUGGAUGCUGGAAGGGUUGUGGAGUUUGGGUCGCCCUAUGAACUGCUGACAAAAUCGGACUCCAAGGUGUUUCACCACUUGGUCAAUCAGUCUGGUCGAGACACCCACGAGGAACUGCUGAAAAUCGCCAAAGAGACGUUUGAAUCCUCCUAAAGACGCAGUUCUUACUCGUCCAACUGGCCUG